AUGGUCGCCAUAUUUCCCUACCUGGAUACCACCUGGUGCAUUGCCACGAAAUGGACGCGUCAUAUGGGUUUCUGCAUCACCUACACCUCACUGCUCAUGAAGACCUGGCGUGUCUCCUUGACAUAUCGCGUCAAGUCGGCGCAUAAGAUAAAGCUCAAUGACCAGCAGCUGCUGCAGUGGAUGGUGCCCAUCUUGCUCGUAAUGCUCAUCUAUCUGGGCACCUGGACAAUUUCCGCCACGCCCUACGCUGAGGUGAUCUACGAUCAGAAUCACCUGAAGUUCAAGCAGUGCUCGUACAAUUGGUGGGAUCACAGUCUGGCCAUAGGAGAGGUCCUCUUCCUCGCCUGGGGCAUCCGCGUCUGCUACAACGUGCGCAAUGCGGAGAGCCUCUACAACGAGGCUCGCCUGAUCUCCUAUGCCAUCUACAAUAUAGCCAUUGUGAAUAUUGCUAUGGUGGCUUUUCAGUGCUCCAAAUCUUCUCUGAUAUCCACCGCUCUCUUUCUUCAUCCUUGCAGUGUAAUGCUCUUUCCAAAUGCUGGACCCGACUACAAAUACAUGCUGGGCUUUGUGCGCACCCAAUUAUCCACCACGACGACCAUUGCCCUUGUCUUUGGUCCGAAGAUCGCGCGCGUCCUGAAGGGCCAGGGCGAUAAGUGGGAUCAGAAGGCCAAGGUGCGCAGCAUCACAGCCUCGUUCUCGCUCAAUGGCGUGGGCCUGGUGCCCGAAGAGUCGCCCGAUCUGUACCAGGAGAACGAGGAACUCAAAGAACAAAUCCAGAAGCUGGCGCAUCAAAUCGAGUUCAUGAAGACUGUGCACAUGCAGAUGAACAACCGACAUCUGAAGCCAAAGCCUGGCGGCUACUUUACCAUCACGUCAACCUCAUUCCAGGCGCCCUACAGCAAGAGCACGGUUUCCACGGCGCAAACACAGACCGGCAAGGAUGAAGGUUUGACCGGCAAUGCGACACCUCUAAAGUGCAAAUCGCCGAAGGGCAAAGGCAACGAUUCGGAUUUGCUGCGUCAAUUCCAUCGCAUCUUUGCGCCCAUUGUGGAGGACAGCUUGCAGCUGUACUACGAGCUGAACAGCAAAUUCGACGAUGAUGAAGUGCAGCAUGUACGCAUACAUCGCACUGUCGCCGAGCUGAACGAGUUGACCAGCAGCGAGGAGGAGACGCUGAUGACGCAGCUGCAGUCGGGGCCAGAGCUGGAGCCGGAGCUGGAGCUGGAGCUGCCCAGCGUGGAGAGCAGCUCAACCAUUUCGACCACGUCGAGCAGCUGCUUGUAUGCGAUGCAUACGCCUCCGCCGCCAUGCCUCGAGUCGCCACAGUCGGAGAUUGGGGAUGAGCCGUUGACCAUAACGGAGCAAGUGCAGCUGCAUGCGCCGCCGGGCGACAACAACAAUGCGGAGCAGGAGGAGCAACAGGACUCUAGCCUCAACAACAACAACACCUCCUGCUCAUUGUCCUCCACGCUGACGGAUAGCAAAACUCUGGAUGCUCGCACGCCCAUCGUGGUUUGA